GUAAGAGGGUCUGUCGGGCGUUUCUUCCUUUUCAAACUUAAACAAUAGCUAUAUACAGCUUCCACUGUUUCAAAUGUAUUUACUUGAACAGAUUACUACCAAAGUGACAGAUACAAAACUCAUACAGGUGCACAAUUCUCACUGGGAGUGUGUUUGAAUUAACCUGCAAAGCAAGAAUAAUCACCAAGCAACUCUGAAUACUGUGACAAGGACAACCUGUUGACUGGACCAAAAAUGUCUUCUGGAUUGGAACGUGUCAUCCUGUUCUCGAUUCUUGGUCUAGGAGUAUUUCUGAUGCUGUUUUUAAUGUACAAUAAAUCAGCUCCAUCUCGGAUCGGCCCUCCCGAGCCUGCUUUGCCAGGUCCUUACUCAAAAAGACCUGAGAACAGGUCCUUGUCUAAACAGCCAGAGCCAGAAAAGCCCAUCAUGCUGUUGUGGUUCUGGCCUGAAAACCGCAGGUUUGAUUUUAGUGAUUGUGCCACUUUCUUCAACAUUGAUGGCUGCCACCUGACAGAUGACAGGUCUCUGUACAACAAGGCAGACGGGGUGCUCCUCUUUCACAAAUCCAUCAAACACGAUUUAUCCAACUUGCCUCCAUCACCUCGACCACCAUUCCAGAAGUGGAUUUGGUAUCACGUGGAAUCACCUACAAAUACAGCUAGGAUACCUGGUCUAGAGAACCUUUUCAACUUGACCUUGAGUUAUAGGGAGGACGCAGACAUCCCUGUGCGUUGGCGCUUAACUGCAAGGAAAAGCCAGGGUGAGGACUUUGUGCUGCCCAAGAAGGAUAAAUUAGUUUGCUGGAUUGUGAGUAACAAAGAUCCUGCAACUGGAACAGGGGUACGGAAUAACUAUUACAAAGAACUUGCCAAACAUAUUAAAGUGGAAGUCUUUGGCAAGGCCUAUGCAAGGUUCUUGAAAUAUGAGGACUACUACUCAACACUCUCCAGCUGUAAGUUUUACCUCUCCUUUGAGAACUCAGUCCACAAAGACUACAUCACAGAGAAGCUUAACGGACCACUUGCAGCAGGAACAGUGCCAGUAGUAUUGGGCCCACCGCGACAGAACUAUGAAGACUUUGUCCCAGGAGAUUCCUUCAUCCAUAUUAAUGACUUUCCCGAUGCAAAAGCCCUGGCUGAAUUCCUCCUCAAGUUGGACAAGGAUGAUGAGGCAUAUCUGCGCUACUUUCAAUGGCGUAGAAACUUCUCUGCUCAGCAACAUCUGGUUCAACUGAGUCAAGAGUUCAUCCAAUCUAUUUGUUAUGGAUGUGACCAUGUGGGAAAACAUAAAGAAUACAGGGUUGUUCACGACCUUUACAAGUGGUAUUUUGUCUAAUUAGUCACUUAUGAUUAGCUUUUAUCAUAAUUUGCAUGUCUAUUAUCUUCAAUAUACCAAAAAGGUAUCUUGAUUUAUCCCACAGCACAUAGGGAGUGCAUACACCGCAUCGAAUGUUGAUCUGCUGUUCUGCUGGUUCGUUCAGCACUGUGUGUUUUAGUGACCAUCCACAGAUGGGUGUCUGACUGCCAAAAUUUUCGCGAGUUUCUACAUGUAGAAUCACUUUACACUCUGUUUGCACAUUACGGCUGGCUCUCUUUUCAGAGGUGUUAUGUACUCUCGGCCGACAGACACUACCGGUGUCUCCGUGCCUUAUUAUCAACAACUGCUCUGCUUAUGUUUCACCUGGUAAAUCCCUUUACAACUGUGUUAUUGUACAGUGCAUUCGGAAAGAUUUCAGAACCCUUCACUUUUUCCACAUUUUGUUACAUAACAGCCUUACUCUAAAAUGGAUUUUAAAAAAUCCCUAUCAAUCUACACACAAUACUCCAUAAUGACAAAGCAAAAACGGAUUUAUGACAUGUACAGAAGUAUUCAGACCCUUUUCUCAGUACUUUGUUGAAGCACCUUUGGCAGCGAUUACAGCCUCGAGUCUUCUUGGGUAUGACGCUACAAGCUUGUAUUUGUAUUUGCGGAGUUUCUCCCAUUCUUCUCUGCAGAUCCUCUCAAGAUCUGUCAGGUUAGAUGGUGAGCGUCGCUGCACAGGUAUUUUCAGGUCUCUUCAGAGAUGUUCGAUCAGGUUCAAGUCCAAGCUCUGGUUGGGCCACUCAAAGACAUUCAGAGACUUGUUGUUGUUUUGUUGAAAGGUGAACCUUCGCCCCAGUCUGAGGUCCUGAGAGCUCUGGAGCAGGUUUUCAUCAAGGAUCUCUCUGUACUUUGCUCUGUUCAUCUUUCCCUCAAUCCUGACUAGUCUCCCAGUCCCUGCUGCUGAAAAACAUCCCCAUAGCAUGAUGCUGCCACCACCAUUCUUCACCAUAGGGAUGGUAUUGGCGUUGCCUGGUUUUCUCCAGAUGUGACGCUUGUCAUUCAGGCCACAAAGUUCAAUCUUGGUUUCGUCAGACCAAAAAAUCUUGUUUCUCAUGGUCUGAGAGUCCUUUGUGUGCAAACUCCGAGCGGGCUGUCAUACUGAGGAAUGGCUUCCGUCUGGCCAGUCUACUAUAAAGGCCUGAUUGGUGGAGUGCUGCAGAGAUGUUUGUCCUUGUGGAAGGUUCUCCAUCUCCACAGAGGAAUUCUGGAGCUCUGUCAGACUGACCAUCGGGUGCUUGGUCACCUCCCUGACCAAGGUCCUUCUCCCCUGAUUGCUCAGUUUGGCCGAGCGGACAGCUCUAGGAAGAGUCUUGGUGGUUCCAAACUUCUUCCAUUUAGGAAUGAUGGAGGCCACUGUGAUAUUGGGGACCUUCAAUGCUGCAGACAUAUUUUGGUACCCUUCCCCAGAUCUGUGCCUCGACACAAUCCUGUCUCGGAGCUCUACGGACAAUUCCUCAUGGCUUGGUUUUUGCUCUGACAUGCACUGUCAACUGUGGGACCUUAUAUAAACAGGUGUGUGCUUUUCCAAAUCAUGUCCAAUCAAUACAGUUUACCACAGGUGGACUCCAGUCAAGUUGUAGAAACAUUUCAAGGAUGAUCAAUGGAAACAGGAUACACCUGAGCUCCAUUUUGAUUCUCAUCGCAAAGGGUCUGAAAACGCAUGUAAACACGGUAUUUCUGUUAAAUAUUUCCUAUACAUUUGUAAAAAUGUCUAAAAACCUGUUUUAGAAUAAGGCUGUAAAGUGACAAAAUGUGGAAAAAGUGAAAGGGUAUGAAUACAUUCCGAAUGCACUGUAUAUGGUUGUCUCUCCUAGCUACCUUAAGAUGAAUGCACCAACUGUAAGUUGCUCUGGAUAAGAAUGUCUGCAAAAUGACAACAAUUUGAAUUUCAAGUGCUAACUGUCUUUAUUCCACUACUGGAGAAGCAUGACUCAAAUCACCUCAUAUUUCAAACAUCCAGCGUGACAAAAUAUACAUUUUAUUUCAUUCCAUGCCUUACCAUUAAGUUAAUUAUUGCCAAUACAUAUCAACAAAGGGGUUUGCAUUCGGUUUUGAUAUUUCAUAUUUACCAACUGAGAAUUUAUUUGUACAAUUAUAUUGUUGGAGUUAAACAAGCUUAUAUUUUGGGUUGGACGUUGGAUCCUAUUUCUGCUCUUUUAAUCAAUGGCAUCAACAUAUUCGAAGACCAAUGAACCGACUAAUCAACCAACUCUUGCAAAACCGGUGAUAAAUAUGUGAAAAACCAACACAUAUCUUGGUCCAUUUUAGAAUGAAAAACAGUUUAAAUUCAGUAUGUAUCUUCCACUUUGUCAAAAUUGUGCAUGGUUUGUACAAUGAGUGUACAAAACGUUAUAGACGCCUGCUCUUUCCAUGACAGACUAACCAGGUGAAUCCAGGUGAAACCUAUGAUCCCUUAUUGAUGUCACUUGUUAAAUACACUUCAAUCAUUGUAGAUGAAGGGGAGGAGACAGGUUAAAGAAAGAUGUUUAAGCAUUGCGACAAUUGAGACAUGGAUUGUGUAUGUGUGCCAUUCAGAGGGUGAAUGAGCAAGACAAAAUAUUUAAGUACCUUUGAACUGGGUAUGGUAGUAGGUGCCAGGCGCACCGGUUUGUGUCAAGAACUCCAACGCUGCUGGGUUUUUCACAACCGUUUCCCAUGUGUAUCAAAAAGUAGUCCACCACCCAAAGGACAUCCAUCCAACUUGACACAACUGUGGGAAGCAUUGCAGUCAGCAUGGGCUAGCAGCCCUAUGGAACGCUUUCGACACCUUGUAGAGUCCAUGCCCCGACAAAAUUAGGCUGUUCAGAGCGUAAAAAAGGGUUGCAACUCAAUAUUAGAAAGGUGUUCUUAAUGUUUUGUCCACUCAGUGUAAGUUUAUCACUUUUUAACCAAUCCAGUACAUUUUAGUUGAAAAUGAAAAAUGUCAAAGGAUUUAACUUCUGAAAACUGAAACAACAUUUUUUAUCAAACAAAGACAAACAGAUCAAUCCCACUUUUCAAGCCUGCUGAAGGCAUGGCAAACACCACCCCCGGCUCUACCAGGGGCAUGCUUGAGGUGGCCUCCCACAGCUCCGGGAAUGUCAUGUUCUGUGGCCUUGCCGUUCCAUUUCUUGAUUGCCCCUGCAACACAGAAAGAAACACAUUUAGAUAUAUAAUAUACUCAAAGUAAUGGAUAUGUAGCAUCUAUGGCCUCGGUUACACCCGGCACUUAAAUGCAGCUUCUGUCAUCCGGUUACUUCAAGCUGCAUUAGAUCUGAAUGCAGGAAAGUCACAUUGUGCUUGCAUUAGGUUCAGAUCUGCCAGGAUGGGCAUUUGUUCGGAAUCUGACAGUCUGGAUACAAUCAGACCACCGAAUAUGCAUAAGCAAUGUAAAGAGAUGUUGGGGAAAAUAUAACUGUAACAUGCAACAAUUUCAAAGAUUUUACUGAGUUACUGUUCAUAUAAGGAAAUCAGUCAAUUUAAAUAAAUUCAUUUGGCCCGAAUCUAUGGAUUUCACAUGA